UUCUGUGUUGGUGCACCCGAAUCAUCUGCAGAGACACAACCACCCACCCUUGUUGAGCCCUUUUGUGACUCUGCACCAUUGUGGUCGCCAGGCUCUGGCUGCUGUGCUCCUCGGAGACGGGGGUGGAGGCACAGCUGAGAAGAGUGUAUCUGGACGAGUGAAGGGGUUAGGAGGAAAUGUCGCUUACUUGCGCACCGUGGUUCCGGAAAGGCCUUUUCCAGAGAGGUCGCUCGGGGGCUGAGGCUGACCGAGCACUCUCCCAGCAGUCUGACUCCGAGGCCAAAGGCCGGGGUCAAGGAGGAGCUUGGCUUUGUUGUGAGCGAUGGAAGGGGAAGCGGAGCCAGGAGUGUGCAGCUCUCGCUGCAGAGCUCCACACCUGCAGGGAGCAGCUAAUGCAGAGAGAGGAGGAGAUCGCCAACCUGAAGGCGGAGAGAAACAACACCAGGCUGCUGCUGGAACAUUUGGAGUUCCUCGUCUCCAGGCACGAGAGAGCUCUUCAAAAAACAGUCAUACGGCGACAGGCGAAGACUCCUGCCGGCGUGUCCAGUGAGGUGGAGGUGCUCAAGGUCCUCAACUCCAUAUUGGAGAAGGACAAAACCGAGGCUGAAAUGGUGUGCCUAGCCACAGCGGUUCUCAAUUUGUGCACAUGCUGUGUGAGAGAGCAGUUACUGUCAAAGGUGCAGAGCCAGGUGAAAGAGCUCCUGACUACCCUGUGCAUUCUCGUGGCCAAGCUGGAAGAGGACCUAGACAUCUCAAGGAAAGACCUCAUCCUUUCUGAAGCAAGGAACACUAUAUUACAAAGAGAUGUCCGUGAAGCCGUGGCCCAGAAGGAAGACAUGCAAGACAGGAUCACUACCCUUGAGAAGCGCUGCCUCAGGGCACAGCACAAAGCCACCUCUCUGCACGACCUCAAGGAUAAACUUGAAAACGAGAUCGCAAAGAAGGACUCUCUGCAUCGACAGACUGUGGAUCAAAACCGCCAGUUGAAAGAGCGCCUGGAGGUGGCGGAGCGGAGGCUGCAGCAGACCCCGAGGAAGGCCAAGUCGCUGCCCGAGGUGGAAGCCGAGCCGGCCCAGAGGGUGGCCACCCUCUGCAAGGCCGAGCAGAGGCGUGGCAACAUGGAAGAAAGGCUGCGCCAGAUGGAGGCCCAGCUGGAGGAAAAGAACCAAGAACUGCAGCGGGUAAGGCAGAGAGAAAAACUAAAGGAAGAGACUAAUCAACAUCUGUCCAGCACUAUUGACAAGCUCCUGUAUGAAUCGGACAAGCGACUUCAGCGUCAUCUAAAAGAGAGAAUGGCUGCUGCGGAAGAUAAGGAUCACCUUCUACGGAACUUCGAAGCACUGAGGGCCGUAUUAAAGCGGGCAAGAGUGAGAGGCUCUUCGCUUCACCACGGGCGGACGCACGUCGGCAGCAUCCCAGCUUCCAGGUUCCGUCUGGCGGACAGCCCCACGCAUGCCAGCAGCAGCAGCAGCAGCAGCGCGGUGUUGCGGCGCCACCGGAAAGGCCGUGUGGCCCGUCUGCGACAUGAGCCUUCCAAGUUGCUGCCUUUGGAGGAAGAGUCACAAGAUAGCACGGCAAGGACACGAUGUGUACCGUCAGCUCCUUCUUCCCAGAGGUCCCUGAGCUUGGACAGGCUGCAGCAAGGGGCACUGCACAAGGCCAGCCACGAGGACAUCAGGGACGCCACAAAAUCCCCAGGCUCUCGGGAUGGCCCCUUGAGCAGCCUCAGCAAAACUAGCAAUAGCCAGGACUCACUGAACAACGCCCCCAAGAAGAAGGGCAUCACAAAAUCCAUCCGCUGGUUGCUCACCAGAAGACAAAAGGUCCACCCCAGCCACGCUAGCGACGAGCCUGCCUGACCAGUUUACCCACACUGCUUCCACCGAUGGUCUUGCAGCACGCAGAGCCCAGCAGCGACUACAUUUGAAACUUCAACCAGAUCUUUCAUCUGUUAAUCCUUGUUAUAUGGACCCUGAGAUAUUUUAUUACAGUAUUUAAUUACUGAAAAAUUCGUGAAUAGGAUCGAGAAACUCA